AUGGGUUCUCUUGCUUCAAGAGUUCGAUAUCGAGAUCGUGACAAGAAAGGCACCGAGAAUAGCGUGGCCGAUCAUCUAUCAAGAUUGAGGAUUGAAGGAGAUGUUCCCAUCGAUGACUCUUUGCCUGAGGAGCAACUUAUGGCUGCUAAGAUCGUGGAUAGAGGCUAUUUGACCAAGUGCCGUUUGGAGGAAGAAAGGAUAGCAAGAGGAGAAGAGGUUCCGUGGUACGCUGACUUUGUGAACUACUUGGUGUAG